UUUUCCCUUUCAAUCACAACCCUAUUCCCCUCUUCAAUCUCCUUCUUCUUUUUCUUCAUCAUUUCUUGUUGGCACCUUGGUGGGGUCCCAAAUCCAGCCCCACAUGCAGCCCAACAACCCUCCAGAUUCUCCACAACAUGACCAAACACCAUCACCAUCACCACCCUCACCCCCACCCCCACCACCAUCACCACCACCACCACCGCCACCGCCGCCACAACCACCACCACCACCGGUGAAUCCUCAACAACCACUUCCACAAUGGCAGCAACAGUCAGCAAUGGUAUUAGCACCACCUCCUCACUACCAAUCCUACAAUCCUCCAAUGUUUCCCAUGGGACCACCACCGCAAUUCUUCCAGCUUCCGCCUGGGACCAUAGCGGCUGCGGCCGCACCGUCACCGGCGCCUAAUCAUUUGUAUCCGGAUCAUGAACGGGAUUGGUCCACCGGGCUUUUUCAGUGCACGUCCAACAUGAAAAAUUGUUUUGUGACCACUCUUUGUCCGUGUGUUACGUUUGGGGAGAUUGCGGAGAUCUUGACGGAGGGACAUACGCCAUGGUAUGAACCGGCGACAUUGUGUGCAUGUUUAGGAGCCGCAAGCUUUAUUUUCAUAUUCUUGUUAUGGCUAACAUUCCCAUAUACGUGCCUAUAUCGAGUCAAAAUGAGAAGAAAAUACAAGUUAAAAGGAAGCUUAGCUGAGGAUUGCGCGAUCAAUGCGUUUUGUGGAUGGUGUGCCUUAUGUCAACAAUAUCGCGAGCUUGAUCAUCAAGGGUUCAACGUCUCGAUCGGAUGGCAUGAAAACAAGAGGAGGGAAAGACAAGCAGUGGCAAUAUUUCGAUUGGUACCACCAGAGGAGCAAGAGAUGACAAGAUGAAGAAGAUUAGUAGAGUAAUAGAAGUAGGGGAAUUAACUAUAUUAACACUAGCAAAUUUUCUUUAUUUAUUUGUACAUUAAUUAAGUAUAUAUUAAAAAGUGUUUGUUUAAUAAAUAGUAACUCUUUUGU